AUGUCGUCGAGAGGACACCGUCAACCGCUCCGCAUCGGCAUUCGGGCGGUCGCCAGCACCUACACCGACAUCGAGGCGCUCUGGCAAAAGGUGGACUUUGGCCGUGAGAGAGCCAAAACUUCCAUGGAGUGGGAGACACUGAAGGAGAGUUGCUGGUACGCAGCGUACGACGCUCCGUUCCACGGAGUCCCAAGCGGUCCAUACAUGGGCGGUCGAGUGGCGGAUAUGAACGCGCACAUAACUAGGAGGCACCACGACUUCCUCGUGCGGUCGCGUCGCGCGCUGUGCGGCCAUACGGUUACGCCGGAGGAAUUCGCAGACACCCUCGCCAGGGUAUCGUCCGUCCUCGGCGUGGGGCUGAGAGUUGCGGUUCAGUGCGUGUUCGAGGAGCCGACGAUCCUCGCGAUGGACACAUCCGAGCUUAUACGCACCAUGGUGGAGCUACGACGACAACACGAAGAUGAGGACCUGGUUACGCUGGUCAUAUCCCAGCCGGCGCUCCUGGGGAGAGCCGUUGAGUGUGAGCCUGAUGGGCACGAGGCGGCGGCGGCAGACGACGUCUUCGGAUAUCCCACGCGCGUGGACAACUACAUGUUGUAUGGGGGGCAGUGGUGA